AAGACGUCAGGAUUUCUUCUCGUCCACUUUCUCUUCCCGCGCCCGUUCCCGCUCGCACGGCUUGUCACAUGCCCUGUCGGCCAAUCACGCUUCCCGAUGUCACGCUGGACCCUACGAUUUAAUUGCAAGAAUUUUAUGCAGUUUCCUGUUUUAAUUUUUUUGUUACUUGGCUCAAGGCUUUACUGCCGACGUCAAGCUUUUAGUUCUCACAUGCGCGUGCGCAUGCACAUACUUUAUUUAAGGACAACAACAGCAGGAAAAAUCAUAGCGCUCUCUCUACCUUUUUUAUUUACCGAAUUGCGCUCUCUUGGUUUUUUUCUUGUCUCUCAAUUCGUUUCCGCUAUAAAGUUUGCAUUUACUUUACUUUACACUCUUGAAACCCACACCAAUGAAACUCUGUUCACCAUCGGCGCUGUUGGCCGUCGUUGCCACGCUCUCCCUGACCGCCGAUGCGCUGCACCUCAACAAACUGCGCGUAGUCAUUCAAGAGGCCUCUGGCAUAUUUGAUUCUCUCGACCUAACCACCACAGGCACCAGGGGCGGCAACGGCGGUGACGGCAACAUGGGCAAGAACCGCACGCUCAACGAUAUCAUCCGCGAUGUUAGCCAGGUGGACGACAUACUGGACCUGGAAUACGUCAACUUGGAUCCCGAGCUUCCUAAGAGAAGCACGCCUAUUAAUGUCAAGGCCCUGGCUUACGUCAAAGAGCUGGUGGAUGAGGCUAAGGCGCGUGUCAAGGUGACCUAUGGUCCGUUUACGAUGCUCAAUAGGGAGUAUGAUUUGUGCGAGGUUUUGAAGGAAAACCUGAACAGGACUUGCCCUGUUGACGAGGGAGCCAUCGAGGUCAAUAUCGACGUGGAUGUUCCUGGGUUUAUUCCAUGGGGAUGGUUCCAUCUUGAUGCCUCUGCUUGGCGCAACUCUGACAAUAAACAGCUUGGCCGUAUACUUGCCGACGUAAAAUUCUAGACUCUUUUUCAUUUCUUCCUUUCCUCAUGAAACCCCAGAUUUUGCCACUCGUCCCGAUCCAUCAACUCCUUUUGCAUUCUGCAUUCGAGAUAUUCCUUGGAUAUGUUUUUGCAUUGCUUGUAGCUUCCGCGGUUGCUCUGUAGACACUCGAGGUAUCGCGACAUUAUAUCCUUGCAUUCGCCGCCAUGGUCCAAGGGAAAACUCCCGCGGUCUGGUGGGGUUGGUCGAACGUUGAUUUUUGGUGGUCCGCCGAAACUCAUAUUUAUAUAUUCAACAAAAUCAACAAUAUACUUUAAAAAAUCAUAAGCGAA